AAUCCAACUUUGUGUAGUUAAUUUCAUCCAGAAGACCGUAUAGAUUGGGAUGGCACCCAAAAGGCAUUGCAGAAAUUGAUUGGUGUAAAAUGCAGAAAAAUAAAAUGCUUGGAGAUACCUCGAAAUAAAAUGCUGUGGAAAUAGAAUGCAGAGAGAAUCGGUGUAAGUGUGGAUCGAAAGGGCUGCUAUAUAUGGUGCAGGAACCGCCAAUGGUAUAUUUGUGAAAAGCAGGGAAAUUGGAAAGAUGGUAAGAGAGAGAUAUUGAUGAAAAUAUGCAUGGCAAUAGAAAGCAAGGAACGAAGGAAAAGCAAGAGAGAUGAGGGAAUUGAAAUGGGUGAAGGAUAUGUUUAUGCUCGCCUACAAUUUAUAGAGUGACAUUAUUGUAACCUACCAACUAUUUUGUCUAGACAUGCGGAAAAAAACAUAUACCAUUUCAUUUUCUUUUUAUAUAUAGUAGGAUAGGAUGGUGGUAAAUUGGUUAUUAGUAAUUCUUCAAAGAGGGACUAGGGAGUCACAACAUUCUGAGUCUUCUUCGGCUACUAUCACCGACCGAACUAGAGGACAGAGGAGUUCGCCGGAGAGAAAUUCGCCGGAAAACUACGCCGGAAUCCAAUCGCUGAUUCAUGAUUCUUCACCAAAUUCUUCGAGGUUACCAUGAAUUAUCAGCCAGUUAAAGACUUCUUGGGCUUGCUGUAUAUGGCCUAUUCAGUCCGUGGAGAUGUAAAGGUGUUAGAUCAAAUUGGACGACGUAUUUCUCCACAGUUGGAAGCUCUCAUGGUACAAGUAUUAAAUGACAAGGUUGUGGACUUUGUGAAAAGAUGAAAAAGAUUUGGAUCACCUCUCCUGCACUGGUUUUUACGCUUCAAAGAUCUUGAAUUGGGCGAAGUAUCUACACGGGCUGGAAUGGAUAUCAAAGUAUUGUCCUUAAGAGAUAUGGAAGUGAGGCUGGUUACCAGAAAAACCCGGAAGGAGAGGACGCUGAAAGAUGUCAUCUUUAAUGUUUGUUGUAAUUAUAUCGUACAGCCGGAUGUACGGGAAGAACCGUACAGACGAUUGAAGAAGGCGCAGCAGAUGCAGACGAUCGAAGAAGGCCGGCGAAGGAGAGGCAACGACAAAGGGAGGCGCGGGGAGGAGGCCAAAACGAUGGAGAAUGUCAGAACGAAGGCGAUGGUGGCGGCGGCUUUACAGUAGAAACCCUAGAACUGAAGUUGAAGAGAUAGAAGAAGGUCCUACUAAAGAUCUGGCUUUACAGUAGAAACCCUAGCGAUGAAGAAGAAGCUGGUAGUCAAAUUUUCAAUUAUGAAAGAAUUGAACAAUACCUUAUUUCAGAAUGAGCAUUUUUUUUAUUUGAGAAUGAGUAUUGUUUUUUUUAUAAAAUGAAUACUAUGUUACUUA